CAUAUGUGGAAUGGGAGAACACGCAAAGAAGUUGGAAGAAAAAUGAUACAUUUUAGCCACGGAAAUGUAGUUGCGCGCGUUUACAGUAAACGUGGCUCGUGUUAAUUAUCAUUUAUUUUGGAGAAUAUAUUAAAAAAACCAGAAUGGAAUUACGACUGCCAUUUCUCACUUUGUUACCGGAGUUCAUAUGAGCGGUAGGAGUCUGAGGAUGAAAGCUCCCUUUUCUGCGAGUCGAAGCAGUGUUGAUCCUGAACAGGGCCCGUGAAGACUUCAGGCUGGGAGAGGGGACUUGCGUGGUGCUGGAUAUAUAUAUAUUUUUUUUUUGGAGGCGGGGUGGAGGGGUUGGUGGGCGUGGUCCUGUGAAGACUGACAGUGUAGCAGCCUGGUAAACUGAGGCCCGCCAUGUUUGCCAAACUAAAGAAGAAGAUCGCGGAGGAGGCGGCUACUGCCCCCCGCUCGGGCGGACGCAUACCCCGCUCCAUCAGUAAGGAGUCCAUCACCUCCGUGGGAGCUGACUCCGGGGACGACUUCGCCUCUGACGGCAGCAGCUCCAGGGAUGACCUCUCCUCUCAGCUGCUCAGGAGGAACGACCAGAUCCGCAAGCUGGAGGCCAAACUCUCAGACUACGCUGAGCAGCUGCGACUUAUGCAGAAGACCAAGGACAAGCUUGAGAUUGCGUUAGAAAAACAUCAGGAUUCAUCCAUGAGGAAACUGCAGGAACAGAAUGAGACGUACCAGGCCAACAGAGCCAAAAUGGCGGAAGGCAUGGCUCUGGCCCUUGAGAAGAAGGAUCAGGAGUGGAUGGACAAGAUGACACUCCUGGAGCAGGAGAAGGGUACGCUGGCGGCCCGGCUGGACGAGAUGACGGAGCAAAGUCUCAGCCUGUUCCAGAAGAGGGACGACCUGGACGAGCUGGAGGGCUUCCAGCAGCAGGAGCUGGCCAAGGUCAAACACAUGCUGCUGAGGAAGGAGGAGCAGCUGGGCCAGCGCGAGCGGGAGCUCCAGCAGCAGGCAGGGGAGCUCCAGGCUGCCCGCAGGGGGCUGGCCGAAGCCCAGGCCAAGCUGCUGCAGCUGACGGAAGAGCAGCAGGAAAGCUCCAGGCUUAACGCGGAGCUGCAGGCCGAAAGGGAGGAGCUCCUUGGUGUCAGAGAGGAAGCUGAGAAAAAGAUCACGGAGCUGGAGGGGAGAGGUCAGGAGCUUCAGAACGUCAUCCUGCAGGUGUCCGCAGACUUCCAGAAGUCCCAGAGCAUGGUGGUGUCCCUGGAGAAGUCCCUCCACUCCCUGCAGGCAGAACACGAGGCUCUUACACUGCAGCACGAGCAGCACAAACAGAAGGUGGCGGUGGCCGAUGAGGAGAAGGACCGGCUGGUGUCAGACCUGCAGGAGAAGGUGUCCUCCCUGGAAAGGCGUCUGCAGGGGAACCUGACGGAGGACGAACACCUGCGGGAGCUGCUCAGAGAGAAGGCGGCUCUGGAGCAGAAGGUGGAGGAGACACGGGCGGAGCUUCUGGAGGCUCGCACCGCCCAGGCGGACGCAGUCAGCUCCUUGGAGGCUCAGGUGUCCCGGCUCAACAGCAAGGUGGCGGAGCUGCAGACGCUUCUGAAGCACAAGGACGAAAGCGCCAGCGCCUACAGAGAGAGGACCGAGGCGCAGAUCAGCGCUCUGGAGCAGCAAGCGCAGGACAGCGGCGAGAAGCUGAAGAGCAGCGAGCAGCAGGUGGCCGAGAAAGACGCGCACAUCCAGAAGCUGCAGGCGGAGUGGGGCGCGGAGAGGGAACACCUGCACCAGCAGGGCCUGGAGAAGGCGGGCCAUCUGGAGGCGCAGAUCGCAGCCCUGGAGACAGCGCGGGACAUCGACCGGACCACCGCCCAGCACCGCAUCAGCGAGCUGGAGCGGGAGAACGAGGGCCUCCGCCAGGGCAGGUGUGAGGUGGAGAGCGCUCUGAAGAGCCGGACGGAGGCGCUGGAGCAGGCCAGAGCGGAGCUGGGCAGCCGGCAGACAGUCAGCGUGGAGAUUGCCAAGGCCCUGGAGGAGACCAGGGGACAGAAGGAGAAGCUCCAGCAGCAGGUCGAGGAGGUGACAUCCGCACUCAGGACCAAGGAGGAGGAGCUGGCCAAGGUCACCGAGCAGCUGGGGCAGAGGGAGGCGGAGCUACGUGCUCUAAGGGAAGAGCUGCAGGCUGCGCAGACGGACGCAGAGGGUCUGCGCAGACAGGCAGAGGAGCGGGACAGGGAGAAGGACACCCAGAUGGCCCUCCUGAGGGAAGAGAUUCUGACGCAGACGCAGCAGCUGGAUGCCUGCCAGUCUCGGGUGUCGGUCUUGGAGGUGGAGGUGGAGACGCUGACCGAGCAGCUGCGUGCCCCGGAGGAUUGUGGGAAGGAGCAGAAUGGGUCUGUGACGGUGGAUGACUUGGCUCAAGUGCAGAAGAUGAACAAGGAGCUGGAGCAGCAGUUGAGUGAGAAAAACAAGACGAUAAAACAGCUGCAGCAGAGACUGGCAGAGCUGAAGAGGACACUGCAGAAGGAACUGAAGCUGAAGCCAGACCCGGAGCUCGAGGGGAAGGAGAGACCGCAGGAGGGGAAGGCUGAGAAGCCGGAGGGGCAGGACAGGCUGUGCUCCGAGGCCCCGCCCCACAGCCACUCCAACGCCGCCACCGUCACCAACAACUCGGACCUCAACGACUCCCGCGAGAUCAACUUCGAGUAUCUCAAACACGUGGUGCUGAAGUUCAUGUCCUCCAGGGAGGCUGAGGCGUACCAGCUUAUAAAAGCUGUCUCUGUGCUGCUAAACUUCACUCGUGAGGAGGAGAACAUGCUCAAAGAGACGCUGGAAUACAAGAUGUCGUGGUUUGGAUCAAAGCCCUCUCCAAAAGGCAUCAUUCGGCCAUCUAUUUCAGGAGCCCCGGCUCACUGGAGCUGAAUUGUGGGAGAGACCCCUGACCCCCGACCCCUCAUCCUGUCUCUUGAAUGUCUCCCCGUCACUGUGGCAACAGAGCUUGCCUUUUUAUAAACCAGAUCCUUUUUAAUAAGGAAACUGUCAAGAGCUUUUAAAAUGGUUUCUACCGGAUUCCUAUGUAGCUAUACUGUAUGUCUCCUCUUGGAGAUGGAUAAUACGGUGUUUUCUUUUUUUUGUACUCCUUUCCUUUGUUCUUUUCUUUAUUUUUAAGAGGAGGGAGGACAACCUCCGGGGAUGGAGAGGCUCUGUAACAGCAUAAAAGGGACUAAUCACAAAUCACAUUAUUUUAUUACUGGGUAUUUAUUUUCAUUUCGGGAGUGAUUUUUUUUUUUUUUCUCUUAAAUUUUUUUUUAAGAG